AUGGUUGGUCGCCCAUUUCUGUGCUUCAUUGCGGUCAGCGUGUCGCAAGCUUCUACGAUAUUAGAUGAGCUUCUUGGUGCCUUCAAGAGCGAGCGUGGCCUCCUAUUCCGAGCCACGCAGGAUUUCUCAAACUUCACGCAGUUGCCCCAAUCAGCAUGUGCUCUCAGAUGGGACUUGCCUCCAGCCCUAUACGUCGUGAAGGCGGAGACAGAGGUCACCGGCUUGGUAUUGCAGCCGAAGGUACAAGUUGAGUGUGCCUACCCAGUCAACGGCAAUUCCGACUUUCGGAAGGACGUGCACGGCCAGAAGGACUUGUGUGGACUUACAGACAACCCUGCGGCAGGGCGCGAAGCGACCAACAUGAGCGGUCCUUGCAGCUUUGCCUCACCAAACGACUAUGCCCAGGCAUACUUCAACAUUCCUCAACGCCAUCUCCUCGGAUUCGAUGGCUUUUGGAACCUCAAUUGGGCAACCUGCCAUUUCGGCAAAGCCAAAGAGGCCCUAGAAGCUCAAAAGGCCUUGUGGCAACUUGCAACGAAGCUACCCCCUGCCACCACGGCUCAGCAAUGGCUUCGAAAUGCAUCCAAGGUGGGCUUCGCUCUAACGGCUUUCAACGAGAUCGUCGUGGCGCCAGUCCACUCCGCAGAUGUCCGGGCCGUAUUCUGGGCGCAUUCGGGCCCAUUCCGAGAUCCAGGCCCAAGUGACUGGAGAGCUUGCAUGCUAGCAGA